AUGACCUCGCUGGCAAAGUCUCUUGAGGAUGUGCUGCCUAAAGGCGAGCGAUUUACUCUUGCGAACCUGCAAAGUAUCCCGAAGCUCAGUAAGCCUGUAGUGCAUCAGUCUGAGCGUCCACACACCGUGAAAACAGUUCAUUUCAUCGUUCUUUUCCACAACCAAACUCCAGUCCUUGCAACAGAGGUGUACGUAUACUUGACAAUUGCGAAGACUCUUAAGCGCACUAUAUAUGUCUCAAAAGUGGACACGACAGGGCUGACCAAGGUGAAAGUGGGGAGCGUGGUACAAAGAAUUCUGGAAUGGCUACUCGAAUAUCCAAUUACUCAAUACCUGAGGGAUCUGAAAGUGAAGCAUACGUACAAGACUGUGCUCAAACCACACCCUCCAUUUACCUCACCAAUUCAGAGAGCCUUGCAUAUUUUAGUUGAACGAGCUAAAGGAGACAAAGACUACGGAAUCCCUCAAAUUGUUGAAUCGGAAACCUACCAAGUGCCCCCUCGAUUCUUGUCGCUCGCCAAUUCUGACUAUGAGACAGAUCUGGUGCUAUUUACUCGGGCAGAAAACCAGUAUCUGUUUCCUAACUCAAAUAAAAAUAAUGGUAAGCAUAUACUAGAUGAUGGAGCUUUGCUACAAUGGUGGUUGAAAUCUAUCAAUCGGAGCGUCAAAAAAUCUUUCAGAAGUUCUCAGAAAUACCUUGAUAUCCUUAACUCGGAGCCUCGCCAAAUCAGCAGGUAUUUUCCCGAGGACGACUGGAAUAUUGGUAGCAUAUAUUACAGACCGGAAAGAGCUCACGAGCUGGCCGUCUACAACAUUCCGCUUCUUCCUGAUGAUCCAAAGGGAAGGUUUUUGGAGCACCUGGUUGUGGAAAACCGCGCGAAAAAGGUAUCUCUAGGUCAAUUCUGGACCGAGCUGGCUAUUAGACAGGAGUUCAGACUCGGCCGGGUAGUUGGACUUAUUGGAGUCACAGGGACAUGCAACGAGUCCGCAUCGGGGCCUCUUAGUAUGAUGAAAUGGAAAGAUUUCGAAAAUGCCAGAAAAGUGUUCACGGAGACUGAUUACAGUGAUUCUUCUGAGGUGGAAACCAUAUACAAUAAAGUGGUAGAGUACGGUGCUGAAUUGCAAGAAAUGACAGGAAAACAAGACAAAGCAACUACUGCGUCUAUUACAGAGUCACACAAGCGGCCUGUAACAGAUUUGGGGAUGCUGGUGAAGAGGAAGAAACCUACAACAAAACAAUUGUCAUGA